UGUCCUACCACAAAACAUUCUCAACACAGCCAUGAGAGAGACCACUGAGGGAUACAGGCCAUUCGCAGCACAGCUGUCCAAUGUUUACCUUACCAUCCUAGCCCUCUUCUGCUUCAAACUUUUUGUUAGAAUUACCCUUAAUCUACUCACGCACUUCUACAUCAUCAAAGGCAACCAUAAGGAGGCUGCCCGGAUUUCAGCUGAGUUCUAUGAUAAUGGUCAAGGGCAUGGGUCUUGGGCCGACCGCUCUGCUCUUCAUGAUGCUGCCAGCCAAGGACGUUUGCUGGCUCUCAAGACCCUUAUUGCACAGGGCCACAGCGUGAAUGUGCUGACAAUAGACCACGUUAGCCCUCUUCAUGAGGCGUGCAUAGGGGGCCAUGUUAACUGUGCCAGAGCCCUGAUAGAUGCUGGAGCCAACGUUAAUGUGACAACUAUAGAUGGAGUGACGCCAUUGUUUAAUUCCUGCUCAGCUGGCAGUUUGGAAUGUCUAGAGCUGCUCUUGCAGUGUGACGCCAGACCACAGGCCCUGGCUGUAUGCCAGCCUUCACCUAUCCAUGAGGCAGUCAGCAGGGGUCACAGUAAGUGUGUGGAGGCACUGAUUGCGUGGGCUGUUGAUGUGGACUAUGAAAUCCCUCACAUGGGCACUCCUCUCUACAGUGCUUGUCGAUGUAAGGAGUUCUUUUGUGCCCGCAAGCUGCUUGAUGGAGGUGCAAAUGUGCAGAGAGGUGCACAUUUGGAGACUCCUCUUCAUGCAGCAGCCCAUAAAGACUGUACAAGCAUAGUGAAACUCCUGCUGGAAUUUGGGGCAGAUGUAAAUGCACGCAACCUGGAGUAUAAGCGUCCCGCAGAGGUUGCUCCUCCAGGGAGCCUUACAGAAGGAUUCCUAUUGAUUUAUGAAGCGACGCCCCGUUCUCUGCGUCAGCUCUGCCGUCAGCGAAUCAGGGAGAGUUUGGGACGUUCCCGACUACAUCUUCUUUCACAUUUGCCCCUCCCCAAAGCUAUGAAGAACUUUCUACAAUAUAGAUAACAUCAUUAUGUUUGCUGGCAGGCUAUCUUAGUAUUAUUAACUUAUAGUUUGACUUAGUAACUAAUCAUUUUAAAUAAUAAAAUCUGUUUUAAAUUUAUCAAUAAUAAUAAUAAUUGUCUCCCAUUUCUGUGGUCUGAUUUACCAUUGGCCACUGAUGUCUUUUGGUGUAUAAAUAAACUUGUGAAUGGUACCCCAUUUUGAUUAUCUUUUAUACAUCAAACAUACUAAUUUUAUCUGGAUAAUUUUUCCUUGCUAUGGAAGUCACUGGCUUCCGUCAACUAUUUUGAACUGGUUACAAACAUUCGUCUUGAAGGUGAGGAAAUCAUGAGAGAAUUUUAUUUUUUUGUGUGAACUAACCCUUUAAAGGGACAAUGAGUCACUAUUUGAUCUGCCAGCAGGCGGCAGCACAUCAACUGUCUGCAGCGCGUGAAAUGGAGCUUGUUUCCAUGCGACUGUACACAAUGAACCAAAUGAGGUUUAUCUAUCCUCUUCAUCAAACAAACGUGUGGCUGCUCGUCGUUUCUGGCGUUAUGUAUAGUUAGAAAUGGCCUAUUCACAGUCCGACAAGAAGGCUGGUCAACCACGAGAGGUUUUGAAAUGGUUGCAAAGUCUCGAUUUAUCGCUUUUCCCAAAAAACGUGUGCAGGUGAGUAACGUUAGAGAAAAUAACAACAUUUCUGAAGCCCCAUAAACCUGAGCCAGUUUUUCGUGUAUCUUAAUACAUUUGCUCGUGUUUAAAGGCUUAAAAGUGCUAUAUAUAGCUAAUGAGUAAGUUUUCCAGGAUUACAACAAUAAACAUUAAUUUCCAGUUUCUUAAAGAGGACUCUAUUUCGCUAGUUUGACAACAUCCGGCGAUUGAUCAAUCAAUCAAUCACAUUUAUCUAUAUAGUGCUUUAAACAAAAUACAUUGCGUC